AUGCACACAUUCAACUUCACUCGCCCAUUCGCUCUCGUCCUCCGAGUCCUCGCAAUCGCCUGUCUCGCGAUCGCGGCGCCAACCUCGGAUGUUCACGCAGACCCAGGUUCUGCUGCUGCCGUUCACGCAGUGGGCAAUGUCCCCGAUACUGCACUUAUCAAGGACACAAUUGCGACCCAUUUUCCCUCAGCCACCUCGACCAUCGACGAAACAGGUGGUUCGACACUCAAGCAAGACUCUUUGAAUUGUCUUAUGGAUGGUUCUUAUUGCAUGUCCAAUAGUGAUUGUUGUUCGGAACUCUGUGUAGUAUUUGAGUCCUCUCCGUUAUCACGUACUGUUUUUGUCGACUGGUGCACUGGUUUGGUUCCGAGCUGA